GGCUAUGUAAUGGCGGGGAUGCAGGGCCCGGGGCACGAGUGGCGGCGCCGCUGCCGUCUCCACUGGCGCCACAUGCCCGACCUCCAGCGCCGCCGUUUCACCUCCAACACCCGGCUCGGCCCCCUCCUGCGGCUGGCCCGACGUUGGCUGAGACCUGCGGACACGGCUGUGCUGGACGAGCUGUGCGCGAGCUGGCGGGCAGACAAGGACCGCAGCACCGCGCUCGACCUGAAACAACGGGGCAAUGACAGCUUCAAGGCCAGGGACUACCUGCAGGCCCUCUCACUCUACACAAAGGGUCUCAGGUACAUGCCCGCUGACAGCCCAGAGUGUGCGCUGCUCUACGCCAACCGCUCCGCCGCACUCUACCAGCUGCACCGCUACCAGAGUCCCCAGCAGCGCUUUGUGUGUGCAGCCAGCGCCGCAGCCCUGUGCUGGGCCCUGCAGCACCGCCGGCCUCAGGGCGAUGGGGUGGGGACGCUGGGGCAGGGUGCGCGGCUGGCUGCACUGGGGGUGGCAGUACUGCGACACAUGCUGCAGCUGCAGUGCAACGCCCAGGCCAUCACCGUGCUCCACGACACCGGAGAGGGUGCGGGGAGUGUCAGGGACACGCGGGAGGUGUGUGUGGGCACAGCCCUGUACUGCUGGGCCAGCCUGCUCAACCACUCCUGCCAGCCUAACACCACUGCCAGCUUCCAGGGGACCCGCAUCACCCUCCGCGCCACCGAGCCUAUCCCCGCUGGAGAACAGGUGCUGCACUGCUACGGUCCCCACUGGAGUCGGCAGUGCGUGGGUGAUCGGCGGAAAUCUCUGCAGACACAGUACUACUUCUGGUGUGAGUGCAGUGCGUGUGUCCGCGAGGGGGGAGAGGGAAGCCCGGCCCCACAAGCACAGUUCCUCUGCCGCCCCUGUGGGUCCGCUCUGUCGCUGGAGGAGGGGGGCUACAGAUGUGUCCGCUGUGCCCAGCUGGUGCCCCCACAGUCUCUCCAACAACAACUGCAGCAGCUCCGGCUCCAGAUGGAGGGAGCCGGCAACAUGGACUCCACACACACAGACACGGCCCUGGCCCAGCUCCAGCAGUGCCAGGCUGAUGCCCAGAGCCUCCUGCCCGCCCAGCACCCACUGCACGGAGAGAUUGACGACAGCCUGGCCCGGGUCUACGCCACUCACGGGGAGUGGGGAGCAGCGGCGCAGCACCUGCAGCGGAGCGUGCAUGCGGUGGAGCUGCAGUACGGGACCGGCAGCGUGGAGCUGGCACAGCAGCUCCUCAAACUGGCACAGGUGCUGUUCAACAGCCGGUCGGUGUGUGAAGCGGAGAGUGUGAUUGACCGGGCCAUCCCGUUGCUGACCACUCACUACGGCGCUGACCACGACACGGUGGCGGAGCUGAGGGCGAUGAAUUCCUGUCUACGGAGCCUGCCCGGCCGGAGGUGACCACACGAAGUGACCCUGGACAAGGAGCGGGCAGGGACUGGACUGGAGCCCGCGGGCAGCUGUGGAGAGGCACAGAGUGCGGCCUGGGACUGGAGUGAGCAAAAAUGGACUUAUUCCCCGUGGACAUCGGGGACCACACAGAGUGGCCCUGGGCAGCGGGGACCACACAGAGUGACCCUGGGCAGCGGGGACCACACAGAGUGACCCUGGGCAGCGGGGACCACACAGAGUGACCCUGGGCAGCGGGGACCACACAGAGUGACCCUGGGCAGCGGGGACCACACAGAGUGACCCUGGGCAGCGGGGACCACACAGAGUGACCCUGGGCAGCGGGGACCACAC